AUGAUAACGGCCUCAUAACACACAGAUGAAGAGAAAUGAAAGACAGUGUUGUGUUACCUCAGGGGGUCCCAUUAGACCGGUCAUCUGUGUCUCCCCUGGUGUUAACGUUUGAAGAAACUUAAGAGGUGAAGAUGAUGACGCUCUUCAACUGCAACUUCACACUUUUCCCUCGGGAGUCUCUUUUUUUCAGCAGGCCCUGUGCAGCUUUGGACACCUCUGGGCCCAAACUCCAAAUGCUUUCAAAAGUCCCACUUUCAUUAUAGUUCCUCACACAUCUAACACGUCUGAGAUCUACUUCCUGCUCUCAAUAGUUCAAUAAACAAUUCAGCGAAAUACAACUGGAAUACUCUCCUGACCUGUACAGUUUAAGCUUAUCGUGAUAAAGCCCGUUACAGUUAUCUGAUGUGUUCCUAAUACUUCUUAGCCAGAUGACAUGCAUAAGGAAUCACGUCAUUACAGAUUGCAAAAAGGUGGAAAGAACCAAAUCUUUAGGUGUUUUCAUCAAUUUAGCAAUUAAAACAUAGAAAACCACUUUCAAAAAUGUGCUCUUCAUUCCUAUAUUUAUUCUUCUAUGCCAGGCAGUACAUGUUCACAGCUUCAGCCCAUCAUGGUCCUGUUGCUCCAGGCAGCAGCAAUAAUCCUGCUGCUGGCCUCCCUGUCUGGAUCACGCUCUACCCCAUCACAGCAUCUGUGCGGCUCCAGCCUGGUGGACGCACUUUACCUUGUGUGUGGGCCUAGAGGCUUCUUUUACUCCAGCAGAAGCAGGAGGGACCUGGAGACUUUGCUGAGUGAGGAGUUUAUGGAACAAAACUGUUUUAAUGAAACUUUGUUCUUUUUAAAGUGUUCUCUUGCCCUUCCAGCCUUGCUCUCAAAAUUAGCAGAUUAUGAGGUAGCCCAGACUGAUCCAUUAAAACAGAAGGUGAUGAUGAAGAUGAAGAGAGGCAUUGUGGAACGAGGCUGCCACAGGCCCUGCAUCAUCUACCACCUGGAGGACUACUGCAUCUGAACAAGUAGAAAUGCUACAUAAAAAGGUCAAAGAUUUGAAUAAAUGAUCAUUAUACACAAGAACAGGGUGCUUGAUUGUUUUUUUAGUCAUUUUUCAAUGGAAGUUUGUAUUAUGAGGAAGGUUUCUCUGAAAAUUUAUUAAAUGAUAGUUCUGGUUUUCCUUGUGUUCUAGCACCCUCCGCUGGAACAAGCAUGGUAUUAGACUCUCAAACUGAAGAGAAAUUCAUGUCAGAGUAACACUAUGUGUUAAUUAUGGUUUAAAAAAAAAAAAAAGGUAGAGAAAAGCAAGUAUUUUAUUAAAAAAAAAAAAUUCACUCACUUUCUACUCUUAAAAUAAUAAAAAAAGGAAUUGUUCACCCAAAAAUGAAAGUGG